GGCGCCCGUUGACGGUGAGACGUUUCCAUCGUUUUAGCUUUUUGAUCGUUCUUAUUGAACCAUUCGGGUUCUUCUAGUGAACUUAAAUGUUAAAAUACUCACUGCGCAAGCACGUAUGCACUAAAAAUACUCGGUGUAAGUAUGGAAGCACGUGAAUUGAGACAAGCGAAGGCUUUGGACAACAUAACAGCUACAACACGGAACACGGAAGUACUGAAUACCAACACGCGCAGCUGCUGCUGAUCGAGCGCGUGUUAGAAGGACAAACAGACCAAAUUAGUAGUAACUCCGAGGGAUUUUAACAGAUAGGCAACUACAGUUUUGGUGUUCUGCGUGCUGUGUUUUCACUUCUUCACUCUGAGAGACAAUGUCUGCCCAGUCAGAGGACGAUCUCUCCUGUCCAGUCUGCCAGGAUAUUUUCAAAAAUCCUGUUGUCCUGUCGUGCAGCCACAGCUUCUGUAAAGACUGUCUGCAGAGCUGGUGGAGAGAGAAGCCAAUACAGGAGUGUCCCAUUUGUAAGAGGAGAUCAUCUAAGAGUGACCCACCUCGUAACUUGGCUUUAAAGAACCUGUGUGAGGCCUUUUCAUUGCAGAGAGAUCAGAGAGCUUCAGCUUCAGCAGGGUCUGAGCCUCUCUGCAGUCUGCACUCUGAGAAACUCAAACUCUUCUGUCUGGACCAUCAGCAGCCAGUGUGUGUCGUCUGUCUGCAUUCAAAAGCACACAGUAAUCACAGAUUCAGUCCCAUUGAUGAAGCUGCACAGGAACGCAAAAAGGAGCUCCAGAAAUCCCUGAGCCCUUUACAAGAGAAACUGAAGCUUUGUGAACAAGUUAAAGGAAACUAUGAUCAAACAGCAGAACACAUUAAGGUCCAGGCCCAACACACAGAGAGGCAGAUUAAGGAGCAGAUUAAGAAGCUUCACCAGUUUCUAGAGGAGGAAGAGGAGACCAGGAUCACUGCUCUGAAGGAGGAAGAGGAGCAGAAGAGUCAGAUGAUGAAGGAGAAGAUUGAGGCUCUGAGCAGAGAGAUAGCAGCUCUGUCUCACACAGUCAGAGCCACAGAGGACGAGCUGAGAGCUGAAGACGUCUCAUUCCUGAAGAACUACAAGGUUACAGUGGAAAGAGUCCAGCAGCGCCCCCUGCUGGAUGAUCCACAGCUGGUCUCAGGAGCUCUGAUAGACCAGGCCAAACAUCUGGGCAACCUGACCUUCAACAUCUGGAGCAAGAUAGACAACAUGGUCUCCUACAGUCCUGUGGUUCUGGAUCCAAACACUGCUCAUCCAGACCUCAUCCUGUCUGAGGAUUUGACCAAUGUGAGAUUUGGAGAGACACAGAAGCUUCCUGACAAUCCAGAGAGGUUUGAUAACUUUCACAUUGUCCUGGGCUCUGAGGGUUUUAACUCAGGGAUUCACAGCUGGGAUGUUGAGGUUGGAGACAGUAAAUUCUGGUUUUUGGGAGUGGCUACAGAGUCUGUGAAGAGGAAAGGAAACAUACGGUCUGGAAUAUUGAGAAUAGGAUUGUUUAAGGGUAAAUAUAAAGCCUUCUCCCCAUCAGGCCGACCAUUCGUUCUAUCUGUGAAGGAGAAGAUUCAGCAGAUCAGAAUUAAUCUGGACUGUGACAGAAGAAAACUGUCUUUCUUUGAUCUUAAUACUGAUGCACACAUUCACACCUUCACAUACACCUUCACUGAAAAGCUGUUUCCAUACAUUAGCAAUAGAAACAAAUUCCCAAUUACGAUUUUACCAGAGGAGGAUGAGGAUGAUGACAGCGACGACGAUGAUAAUGCUUCUGCUGCGGCUCAUAAUGACGGUGGUGACCAUGUCUUGGGUGAUGUUUCAGACUAUUAUUAUGAUAGUUACGCCAGCAGUUACGAAGAAGAAGAUGAUGAUGAUGACGACUACGAUGACGGUGAAGAUUAUUACUACCCAUACAGCACUCAUAGAUUGCUUUACCAUUAAUCUAACUAAUCUAAUUUCAGUGCAUCUGUAUCACAAUGAUUACUUUAGUAGCAGCAGUGAAACAGACUGAGAGCAGGAAAAAUGUGAGAUGAACAUGAGACAACUCUGACAAUGAUCCUGUCUGUAAAAGAAUCAUUUUAAUUCUGCUCAGUCAUUAUAUCUUAAGGUUUUUUUUGCAAUGUUGGUGAUUUAGAAACAGAAGUUGUCUCAGCUUUUAUUUUAAUUGUAAGUUGCUACGAAUAAGAAAAUAUGAAAUUAUAAUCUUACAGUCUUUUGAUGAAAUACGAAAAUAUUUACAACAUAUAGAUGAUCCUGUAUGAGAUAGAGCAAGAGACACUUUAUUUUGGUGGUUCAGGAACUGAUAUGACAACAUCUUUUUUUAUUUAGAUUUUCUCUUUAUUUUAAUAUUUUGAUAUUUUCUUUUGAUAGCGUCAUUCUUUUGUAUUGCUUCUGUUGCCUCAUUUGUUGUUCCAUUUCUUGUUUUAAAGGUUGCUUUUUUUGUGUUGCUUAAUAAAAGUAACAUUAAAAAGA